GUGAUCUCUUUGUACAUUGACAGAUGUGACUCUCCUCAUGUUGUGGUUGGGAUCCAGUCAGGCGGCGGGUUGGCUCGCUACUGGCGACCACUCGCUCCCUUGCUCCUUCGCACAAACACGAACAACUAUGAAAGGUAGCAUGAUGUGAAUUGGCUGCGUGAAGCAGCCUGGGCGGACAUGAUGGAGCAGGCUGCCACCCAGCUGGAGAGAGAGCACGUGCACAGUGUCUAUGACAAGAUUGCUCCAUAUUUUAAUGACAGCCGCUAUAAAGCAUGGCCCAAAGUACGACAGUUUCUGCUGGAUCUGGAGCCAGGAAGCAUUGUUGCUGACAUAGGCUGUGGCAAUGGGAAGUAUCUACACAUCAAUAAGGACGUGUUCAAGCUGGGGUGCGAUGUGUGUCGCCCCCUGGUGGACUACGCCUGGAGCCAAGGACACGAGGUACAGAUGUGCAACGGGCUGCAGUUGCCGUACAGAGAUGGCUGCUUCGACGCUGUGCUCUCCAUCGCAGUCAUCCAUCACCUGUCCACCAAAGAGCGACGUAUUCGAGCAAUAAGGGAGAUGGCUCGCACUCUGCGAGUGGGCGGAUGCAUCAUGAUCUACGUGUGGGCCAUGGAGCAGAAGCGUCGCAAGUUUGAGAAGCAGGAUAUUUUUGUCCCCUGGAACCCCAACCCCCACUCGUCUCUGGGUUUGAUCAAGUCCAAGAGGAGGGGCACAGCACAGAGUCUGAGCGAACCCCUCGACAACAAAGAAAAGCAGAGGAAGAUUCGAAGCACAUCCUCCGUUGCGGACGAAGAAGACCUGACGUGCACAGCGCCGCAGCAGAAGACCCAGAGGCAGUGGUUUUUCUCCCGGUCUCUGGAUUCUGUGUUCGACUUCGGAAGUCUUUCCAUCUCACAGUCAACCUCCAGAGACCUCAGCACUUUAACUUCACCCACCGGGGAGAACGAGGGCAACAGGAGGUGGAGAGGACGAGGCCUAAUCAAGCAGGUGUCCAGCUUCUUUUCCCCCUCGUCUGUGAUUGGAUCAGAGGAGGAUGUCUUUGACCCUGUCACCGACCUGCACAAAGGACAAAACGGUCUACGAGGCAGCAACGCUAACCUCGACAACAACAACAGCACAGAAAACCAGGAAGUGUCGCUGUCCUUUGCCCAGGAUUGUGGCUCUCUGCCCCUGCCUGACCUGUGGUCUUUCCAGAAGGAGCAGUCUGAAGACAACGGUGAAGGUAAAGAGCAGCAGCAGCAGCCACAACAGGGAAGUAGAGAAUGUCCUCAGGAGGCCGACGGACAGCUGGACACCUCCUGUCUACGGUACUAUCAUGUCUUCAGGGAGGGAGAGCUGGCAGAGUUGAUAGAGAAUCACAUGGAGGAGCUUCACGUCAAACACACCUACUUCGAUCACGCCAACUGGUGUGUGGUGGCAGAGAAAGUUCAACCCUAAUGGUUUUAAUGAUGGCAUUUAUUUAUUUAUUUUAAAUUUUUGAUGAGUUAAGUCUCAAUUUUAGCGUAUAAUCACAUUUUAUUUUUCACAAAUAUUUAAAUCUGUGAAGGUCAGAAAUGGAUUCCGUAUAAUAUUGCGAUCACAUGAACAGACCUCACCCUAACCCAAUGACAUUUGUCCAUUUAUUUAUCCAUACUAGGCAUUAUUGAAGAAAAAUUUUUUUUAAAUAAAACCUACAUUUUAACAUUUUUCCAUCAACCGUCAACAGUAAAGGUUCACUAAGUUGCACCAAUAGAUGUUUCCAUGCGGGUCAAAUAAUGUUGCCUGUAUGUGGGCCACCAUGGGCUUGAAAGGGACCAAAUUCAUUUACAUGCAGUAAAUGAGCAUUUUUAGCUAACAAGCAGUGUCCACUGUACAUUUCAGCUUUUAAAUAACUUUUUUUUUAACUAUACACAGUCAAGACUUUCAGUUUUCACUGCUGCGGAGAUUUUUGGAAAAUCCAGUGUUUAUUUCUUAACUAGAAAUAAACAGGGAGCCAGGAACUUGGACAUCAAAUUGACAUUGAGGACCGUGAAAUAACAUUGUCACACAAAUCUUGCCAAUCCAGUUGUUUAGCCACACACUGUGUUAAAGAUGACCAUCAGCUGCAUCUCUCAGUCAGUUCCUUUUCUACAAACUGCCUCAGAGCUCAAUGCUGCUGCCUGUUUUAAAUGGGUCUGUGCUGUUUAACGCAGCCAACCUUGUGUGUAGACCACGUGUGUGUGUAGACCAUUUAACAGACCAGUUAACAGAGCUACUGUAUAUCAAAAGGGAAAUCUUCUGGUUGUAAAAUGACGUUUUUCCCGUGGCUCAUAUUCAGCAACUGAGCGUCUUAGAAAGCAAAACUGACUCCUGAUCAGUUUCACUCUGUUCAUCCAAAGCCUGGAAACUGAUCCACAAUAUUGGUCCUGACGAGAGUCCACUUACAUGAAAGGACAGAUCCAAAAUGGAUAAGGAGCUCCUGUUGUUCUUUUCCGACCACAAAGCUGCCCUGAAUUUAAAUAGACUCAACAUUGACAGUUUAGACCUGUUGGGCUGGUCCUCUGAUCCUGAUCUCUCCUCAUUUGUCCUGUCCUGUAAGUGGACAGCGAACCAGGAGUUGUUUUUGCAAAUCCUUCCAUGGUCACUUUGCCAUCACUUAGCUAUCACUUAGCUAUAACACUGUUUACAUACUCACACAUACUCGUACGUACUGUACUACAGAUCAAAUGUGUGUGUGUUCUCCUGUCAUCUGCCUCUCGCACCAAACCACAACCAGCUCGUCUGUUCAUUUUCCUUUGUUGACAUCUUUGUCCUGAAAGUUGUCCUGAAGAAGUUUCACGUACUCAUGAACACAAACACACGUCACAGGAGGGAAGUUACACAAAAUGUGUUGACGUUUUUACUCAUCUUUAAAUUUACUCAUUUUUUUGUGUUUGCCUUUUCUGGAUGUAAAACUGUCGUAUGUACGUCUCCCGUUUUAACGUUGUAUUUUAUUGCAGAAGGUGUCUUAAGAUUUUUGGUACUUUAUAAAUAAUAGUUUUUAUUUAUUCAAUGAGCGUUCCUGCAGUUUUCUGCCUCUCUGGAGUAUAAAAUACUCCAUAUGGUUAUACCGUCUUAAACUGUAGUAUUUUAGGACUUGCUGUCAUCUAGUGGUGAAAUUGUAUGGUGCAAACAAAUAACACUCCAGUUAGUGAACUGUGUAUUCAACUGUGUUUAAAGAACGCGCACGUAUUCUCUGUGUAUUCACACAUUCAAUCGAGUACAGCUGCCCUGAUUUUAGAUAUUACUUAAAGGUACUUAAAUAACUGUGGCACAUUACGAGAAAUAAGUCGUAAUGUUUUGAGAAAAAAUAGUAGAUUCACAUGAAAAAGGACAUUUUAUGAGAAAAAAGUUGCUAGUUUAUGUGAAUAAAGUCUUAAUAUUUGUAUAAAUGUAUCAAUAUUAUAUUAUUCUAAAUGAAUCAUAAAUGAAUUACUAUUUUUUCUCGUAAAGUUACGACUUUCUUGUAGCUUUUUAACUUGCGACUCAACAUGGUCCUAAUAUUCUGAUGUAAAAACUGUUUUGGUUUUUUUUUUUUAGACUUUUUUUCAUUGUAAUGAGUUUUUGUUGAUAUAUACAGUUUAAAUUUUUCACACUUGAUCUUAAAGGCACUGAAGUUUAUUUUUUAUUUAUUGUAUUUCUUUUAUGUUUGCACAUGUUUGAGCUCUAAAUUCGAAGAGUUAAAAGUAUUGUGUCCUACGUCUGUGGCCUGCUCACCUCUGUAUUCUAUUAUAAAACACAAUUAAAUAGUUAAAAAAGAAACACAAAAACCUGUACAGAAUAUCUUCCAGAACUGUAAUUGUGCUCAACGUUGACACCUGAAACAGUCGUGUAUUUCCCUGUACUACGCCGUUUGUGUCAGCCAAUCAACUGCCUCCUCUACUGUGAACUAACAUUGCACUGUAUAUCAUAAACUGUAUGUCUGCCUAGUGCCAGUGAGCGACAGACAAACUGUGUGUGAUACGUGACUCAUUACAGGUCUUCAGUUUACCUUGUGCCACGGACGGAGUUGACGUACAUGUUGUACCAACUGUGAUUUUUCUGUAGUAACACUGAUUGUUGUCUUCUGUCAACUGAUGUACAGUAAGCAUCUUAGAGUAUACUUUUUUUCAUUAAUAAAAUAUUUUCAUCCA